AUGCCCGUAAUAACGCCGGAAAUUCGCGGACCCCAUGAAGAUCACUCUGGAGAAGGGCGGAGCACUCAAACUGAUUCCUAUCCGAUUGUAGUUGCUCCACCUCAUCGCAAAAGUAGUGAUACGCCGGUCAAUAUGGAGGAAAUUGAAGAACGAGAAGCGCUAUAUCAAGUGAUCGAGGACGCCUUAGGCGAGACCAUCGACCGCUACUCACGAUUACGUACUAAUCAAAUCAUCGCUAACAGUGCUAGGAAACAGGCACAAAUCUGGCGUGACGCAAAAGACUUCAUCGCAAAUCAACUCGUCCCUCAGUCUAUUCAAAUGGCAAACAAAAGCCGGUCACGGAAAAAAACGGCCGCCGAGAUCGUCGCCAGCAUUAAGUGCUAUCCCUAG